AUGAUUUAUCUUGUAUAUCUCUCAGAAUCAAUUCAAUUAUUCAUUAAGAAAGGACAGACUUGGGAGAAAAAAGCUGAACAUGGCAAUGUUGAUGAAGAAUAUAUAAAGUUUAAAAUGAAUAUUAACAAAGGUGAUUCAUACGAGUUCCUUAUGGUUUGCAAUUCUAGUCUUCAAGAUCUCAUUCCAAGAGUAUACUCUGUAGACGUUCGAUCCGAUGGAAUGGAAGAAAAGAUUACCUUCACUGAUUUCCUUAACGGAGAAUAUAAAGGCGAAACCCCAAUGAAAUUCAGAUGGUGUGGUUACAACAUUUUCCCUUUCAAUAUUACCAAUAGAAAUUCAAUGAUGGGAGGUGACUACGUUUUACAUAUGAAAAGAGAGGAUAUUUUUGUUGUAGUUUUAAUACAAUUCACAUUGUCUAUCAAAAUAUACACUAUUGAUAACUCAGGAAAAUGGAAUCUCAGAGCAUCAACUCCCAAACAUGACGAUCCCUAUUUAAUAUAUAAAAUAGAAUUCGGUCGUGGCGACUUUCUCCGGUUCGCUGUUGUGAAUAAUGAAAGCUAUCAAGAUUACCAUCCAAAGAUCUACUCAGUUGAUAUAAGAUCUGAAGAUUCAGAAGAGAAAUUCGAAUAUAUCGAUGAAGAUGGUAAUACUUAUUCCGGAGAGACCCCAAAGAAAUUCACUUGGUGUGGAUACAAUUUAUUUGGAUUCAACGUUACAAAUAAAAAUAAAAUUCUUGGUGGUGACUAUGUUCUUCAUUUGAAACGAGAAGCAAAAUGUAUUCCCAAAUAUAAAUAUUAA